GGAGCGGAGUCAGUGCCAGUCGGUGUGAGGAGCCGAGCGGGACCGGCCCGGCCAGAGCGAUGCGCGGCGGCGGCAGCGAUGGCCAAAUGGUUCAAGGAGCACCUGGGCUUCAGGAGCAGCAAGGGGCCCCCGCAGCCUCCGAAACCCGACUACCGCCCGCGGCCGGGGGCAGAACCCGACAUCCUGGCCGCUUACAAGCUGCAGAAGGAGCGGGACUUCGAGGAUCCGUACACCGGCGGCUCCCGCUGCCUACAGCGGCUCCGCUCGGAGGGCGAGGCGGCCGGGCCAGGGGCAGGCUCUACAGCCGCUCCUGGAGCUCCAGGUACCGGCUCCUCUCCACAUUCACACCCGGCCAAGAAAGCAGCUUCUCCUGAGCUCAAGUACGUCUCCCCGAAACACCGGCUCAUCAAAGUGGAAAACCCCGAGAAAAGCUGCAGCAAGUUGGCAACAUCUCCCGAGGAUAACAAGCAGGACAAGGUCAUUAUUCUCGAAGACUACGCUGAUCCAUUCGAUGCUAAGCAGUCUGGUGUGACCCAGGUUGGACAGGAGAAAGUGACUGAGAAUGAUGGCUACAUGGAACCUUAUGAAGCCCAAAAAAUGAUGGCAGAGAUACGCCGGAGAGGAUCGAAGGAUGCAUCCAGCAGAUCGCUGCCGCUGUACGACACUCCAUACGAGCCGGUGGAGAACGGCGGACAGUCCGACACGGAGAUGUCCCACCGCCUACGAGAGAGUCGCCUCCCAGAAGAUGAUGAGCGGCCGCCGGGAGAAUACGACCAGCCCUGGGAAUGGAAGAAGGAUCGAAUCUCCAAGGCGUUUGCAGCUUGACUUUCUGCCAGUGAGGAUUGUCAGGUCCAGGAGAGGAACUGUCAUACAGAUCUGACUGCAAGGGGCAGAAGCCUGGGGAGGGAAGUUUAAAAAGAGGCAUGUUUAUAAGCUUCAGGCUGGCUAUCAUUUACCCCCAGUAUCCUGCCCAUCCUGAUAGCCCAUAGCUGCCUCCACUGAAACUGCCCACACUCAAUACCCUCCAUUGUCCCCUCCUGGCUUCUUCUGCUGAUCUGAAUUCCUGAGCUUGACCAUCCCAAGAGCAAAGCAUGACAUCCCCACACUGACAGCGGCUGUGGAUACUCACUGGUGAGUGGUUUUCAUCCACGUGUUGUUAAACUAGUUGGUCUGCUCUGUCUGCAUGUCUUUAGGUGUGAACUAACCAGGGUCUCGUUUCCCUUGUUAAACAGUGCGACGUUUUACAGUGUUCUGAGCAUGCUAAACCUCCUCCAACAGAGAAAAUCCACAAUGUAAUCCUUUCUCUUAAU